CUAGUUUUCAGCUCUGCGAAUCCCCCACGAUGGCUCCCUUUUUGAGCAACGUUUUAUUUCUCCAUUCGUUUAGACUGAGGAGUCAGCAUGUCCGGCGAUUCCGAUAGACGCCAUUACAUCUCGCGAACGCGAAGCUGAUAAAUCGUUGUGACAGUAGUACAUAUAUCAUGCCAUCGGCCCCUCCAUCCUAUCUCUACUCGCGAAGCGUAAUUCGAUUCAGUCCGUCACAAUCAUGCCCGCCGUCCUACACAAGACCGCUCAAGUUGACGGGGUCAAGAUAUUCUACCGAGAAGCAGGCUCGCCAAGCUCUCCCGGCCUCCUCCUCCUCCAUGGUCAUGCGUCCGCCUCGCAUACCUUCCGCAACAUCAUCCCAGGGCUCGCAGACUCCUUCCAUGUCGUAGCUCCGGACUAUCCAGGCUUUGGCAACUCCGAUCGCCCGGACGCAAAGAGCUACACUUACACCUUUGAGAACAUUGCAAAGACUCUGGAAAAGUUGACCGAGCAGAUUGGCGUCACCAAGUACUAUCUCUACAUUUUUGAUUUCGGCGGCCCAAUUGGUGGCUGGAUGUUCGAACAUCACCCCGACAAAGUCCUCGGACUCUUCACGCAAUCCGGCAAUCUUUACGUAGAGGGCAUUUCCGAGGACAUUGGAAAGCAACUCGGCGGCCUGUGGAAGGAUCCUCAUGGUCAGGCCGCGAUCGACGGUGUCAAACACAUUCUCGAGCCUCAUGGAAUUGCCUGGGCCUACACCAACAUCCCGAACCCCGAACGCGUUGCUCCCGAAGCACCCGACCUUGACGCCUACUACACCACCCGCCCGGGCGCGCAAGAGAUCCAGCUCGACCUCCUGCGCGACUACCAGAAUGUUCCUCCAAAGUAUGGUGACUGGCAGAAAUUGAUACGCGAGCACAAGCCAAAGAUUGUCGCGCGCUGGGGUGAGCACGAUCCGUUCUUCCGACCCCCGGGGGCGGAAGCUUUCAAAACGGAUUCGCCCAAUGCCGAUGUCAAGAUCAUCCCCGAUGGUGGCCACUUCCUCAACGAGACGCACCCCGAGGAGAUUAUUGCGGGGUUGAAGAAGUUGCUGGCAUGAUGAUGGGUUUCGCAAGCUGAGUGCAAUGAAAUGGUAGUUCAGGCAUCAUUCAAACACGUUUGCUCCGACCAGAUCUACGAUCCCUGCCGUCCUUUCCCAGUGAAAGAUUCUCUCAACGCCGCUCAACUCGUCCAAGCCAUGAUAAUUGCCUGAGAACAGCCAACUGUCCAAGUCGGAGCGCCAUACGGUACAAGCAUAAUUCCAGACG